GGCGGGGCGGGCUCUGGAGGCCGCUCGGGGGCUCCGGCAGCAACCCAAAGAAGACGCUGGGCUUCUAGCGAUUGCAGACGGGCAGUUCUAUGGCCAGAUCUAGAUUCUGAGAAGUCUUCUCACCCUGGAAUUGCUCAAUGCUAAAAUCAUUCAGGAGAAUAUUAAAGAAUCUGCAAGCACAAUGGAUGGCUUUUAUGAUCAGCAAGUCCCCUUCAUGGUCUCUGGGAAACCUUGCACUGAAGAGUGUCGAGGGAGGCCAGUGAAUGAUAGGAAACGGAAGUUUCAGGACACUGACCUGGCUCAUGAUUCUGAAGAAUUGUUUCAGGACCUUAGCCAGCUUCAGGAGGCUUGGUUAGCUGAAGCCCAAGUUCCCGAUGACGAACAGUUUGUCCCAGAUUUCCCAUCCGAUAACUUGGUACUUCAUGCACCACCUCCAGCAAAGAUCAAGAGGGAACUCCACAGCCCUUCUUCUGAGCUGUCUACCUGUAGCCAUGAACAGGUGCAUUGUACUCAUUAUGGAGAAAAGUGCCUCUACAACUACUGUGCCUAUGAUAGGAAGCCCCCCAAUGGGUUCAAGCCAUUAACUCCACCUACCACCCCUGCAUCACCUGCACUCCAGAGCACCUCCCUUCCACCUCCACCACUGCCUGCAGCACCUGUGCAGACUCCCACUCAUGUUGCCACUGUGGCAGGCCCUUUGCAAGGAGCUCCGCCUCCUCCAGCCCCCUCUCAUGCUCUUCAGGAACCAAGGCAGCAGCAGACCUUUGCUGUUCCUCGACCACCUCAUCAGUCCCUUCAGAUGCCAAAGAUGAUGCCUGAAAACCAGUAUCCAGCAGAACACAGAUUUCAGAGACAAAUGUCUGAACCUUGCCACCCCUAUCCUCAGCCGGGGCUUUCUGGAGACAAUCGCCCCAUCUACCAUAGGCAAAUGUCAGAGCCUAUUGUCCCUGCUGCUGCCCAUCCUCCUCAGGGAUUCAAGCAAGAGUACCAUGACCCCCUCUAUGACCAUGGAGUCCCAGGCGUCCCUGGCCCACCCAGGCAUGGAUUCCAGUCUCCCAUGGGAAUCAAGCAAGAGCCUAGGGAUUACUGCAUUGACUCAGAAGUGCCUAAUUGCCAGUCGGCAUAUGUGAGAGGAGGAGGUGGCUAUUUCCCCAACAACCAUGAUGGGUUCUCAUAUGAGAAGGAUGCCCGGUUGUACUUUGAUGAUACCUGUGUUGUACCAGAAAGAUUGGAAGGCAAAGUGAAGCAAGAACCCACAGUGUAUCGUGAAGGGCCUCCUUACCAGAGACGAGGAUCACUCCAGCUGUGGCAGUUCCUGGUCACUCUCCUGGAUGAUCCAGCCAAUGCCCAUUUCAUUGCUUGGACUGGCAGAGGCAUGGAGUUCAAGCUGAUUGAACCUGAAGAGGUAGCUCGUCGGUGGGGAAUCCAAAAAAACCGGCCUGCAAUGAACUAUGACAAGCUCAGCCGCUCCCUUCGCUACUACUAUGAAAAAGGCAUCAUGCAAAAGGUGGCCGGAGAGCGGUAUGUCUACAAGUUUGUUUGUGAUCCUGAUGCCCUUUUCUCCAUGGCCUUCCCUGACAAUCAGCGCCCAUUCUUGAAAGCUGAACCAGACUGCCAUGUGAAUGAAGAUGACACCUUACCUCUGACGCAUUUUGAAGAUAACUCUGCAUACCUCCUAGACUUGGAUCGCUGCAGCAACCUUCCCUAUGCAGAGGGCUUUGCUUACUGACUUGUAAAGCAGCAGAAUUCUGAAUGAGACACUCCUGAUCCAACCAAUAAGGGCAAUUUUUUGUAAAGAAAAAAAUUCUGCUGUUCAUAAAACUGCUCUUUGCAAAUAUUAUCAGAAGAGCCUAAAAUACUUCAAGGCCCUCUGUGUGAAGACCGACAAUAGCAUGGCUAGUGAGUAGGACCUCCAAUUGCUGAUCACAUUGGGUGCAACCAUGAAGAGAGAUUGGGAAGGGGGUGUCUUCUAUGCCCAGUUGAUAGGAACAGCUGAGAUAUAUGUGCCCAUGGGACUUGAAUAGACUGUGUAUGACUAGCAAUUUGUUAAGAAAAUGUGCUCUGUUACAAUCACAAUUCUUGUAUCUACCUUGCAUAAUAGAAAAGGGCUUUGAUUUGCAGAUGAAAAGAGGAACCAAUGCAGUGUAAAACCUUGUGACUGGGCUAGCUCAGCCCUCUGGGUUCUCAGUGCACAGCUCUUUGGUCUGGGGAAGCCUUUCUUAGUAUGCUGUAAACAACCCAACUUAAAGGACAGCACUUAAGCACCACCUCCCUAAGAGCCCAGCAAGUCCUUGGCCACCCUCUCUUUAACAAGGCUGUGCAUGGAUGGUUUGCUUUUAGGGUAAAGGGGGGCUUGGCCAAACUCUUUUUAUGUUGUGGGGCAACAUUUCUAACCAGAUAUUUGUAGGUUUUGUAUCUGUGGCAAGUCCACCUACUGGCCGAGUUGCUGCUUUCUUGCCUCUGGCAGUGCUGUUGCAAAGGGUACUGCCACUUGGGUGGAGCUUCUUUGGCCCAAUGUGUGUGUAUCUGCUUUGCGCUUUUCCUGCACUGGAUCCUGCCUGGACACUUUGCACAUCAUGCUGUGCAUUUGGAGUAUGCGUCUGUGCAGCAGCGAAGCGCACGCUGCUUGGCUUUUUCUGUGUCAGGGAACUGUAUGUAUAUAAUACAUGGCAGUCCCCACUGUUGAAUAUCCCCAGGUAUGACAGUUCUGACUUUAUGACUCCAUUGCCACACUACAGUUGCCAAGUCCCCCUGGUCACCAGUGGGGGAAUGGGGGACAGAGUUGCCAGAUCCAGGCUGGAAAACUCCUGGAGAGUGGGAGAUGGAGGCUGGAAAGGACAGGGACCUCAGUGGGGUACAAUACCAUAGAGUCCACUCUCCAAAAUGGCCAUUUUCUCCUGGGGAACUGUAGUCUGGAGGGUGAGCUAUAUUUCCACGGAAUCCCCAGGUCCCACCUGGAGGCUGGCAUCCCUAUGCCAUACUACUGCUUAAUUGACUUUUCUUGUCCUCUUUGAGCUUGUAAACAAGGAAGAAAGAGACGUGUUUUUUAGCUUAAUUUGUAAGUCACAUUUCCUUCUUUGAGAUGCUUCAUGCAAACCACAUAUUUUAAGAGGAUUUUUUUAAAGAAAGAAAAAGAUUACAAUUUGAUUUUGUGAAAAUGCAGAGAGGAAGGCGGCCAGAGCUACUCAGUAUAUAUAAAGCUUCUCUGGAUCCUUCAGGAGUUCUCUCUCUCUCUCCGUCUCUCGUUUUUGUGAGCCUCUUGGCACACUCCUGUAUAAUGCUUUACCCACAAUGCAUCCUUCCCCUGCGGGCUCCGUGUUUUGUUGUAAAUGCUGUAUAGGAUUUCUUUUUCUGCUUUGAUAACUUUGUUUGGAUUUUUGACUAACUUCACUUUUUUUAAGGAAAAAAGUAUGAAUAUGAAGAUUAACUCUUUGUAGACGACUCAGCAACUCUCCCCAAAAUGUAUCCAAUGACCCAAGAGGGCCUAUCAGAAAGCACAUAUUGACAGCAAACUCUGCUGUGGCUCCCAGCAUGUCCCAGGGCUUCACCUGGGGUUUGCUUCUUUUUGUUUUUGAAUUUGGCAUGGGAAGUCUAUAGUGCAGAAAGGGUUAAUCUGAGGAUUGAUGUGAAAUGACUAUUGCCUGAGCAGGGCUAUAAUAAUAUAUCUCCUGCAAAGCUGCAUUACAUUCUGUACUGUGUACAAUAAAGGAUUUUUGCUUUCUGUUCA